AUGUCCUUUGGUAACUUUAAAUCAGGAUUUAAGGACUUUACAAAGUCCGCCAGAGAGUCAAUCGCUGGCAAGGAUGAAAAGCCAAAGACAACUACAACCACACAUGGAAGUGGUAGUACUACUACAUCCACGACAACUCGUGAUGGUGGAUACGCCACAAAUCAGACAUCUUAUGAAUUGCCAAAGCCACCUGCACAGAAGACUCCACCCCCUCCCCCACCCUCUGCCACUACAACUACGACAUCUCCAUCAAUGGCACCAAGUGCACCGGCUGGCACUUCAGUCAAUCAGACAACGGCAACGCCACCUCCCAGACCACUGUUUGGCAAGCCACCACCUCUCCAAUCAUCUUCAUCGUCAUUGCCACAACAACAAACAUCACAACCUGUAUCAUUAUCAAAGCCAGUGACGUUGGAGAAGCAGCCUCAAGCAGCACCACAACUCUAUCCCCAGGUGCCUGACUCGGCAGUGGAGCCACCCCAGCGACCUCCCAAGCCAAUAACUGUUCAGCCAUACACACCACAGCCACAAUCACAUCCACAGAUGUAUCCACAGCCACUGGCACCACAACAAACACAUCAAUCAUCAGUCAGUUUGGCAAAGAAUACUGAUGGCGCCACCGAGUACCAUCACAAUGUGCCCGUGCCUCAGCCAAUGGCUCCAGACACCAACAACCACAAGGACAAGUCACUGUCGUCGUCAUUGUCCAGCUCAAAGAACACCAUCAACACACACUCGCGAAUCGCUCUGACCACCAUUGGCGCCACAUCAGGCGAUAUGAUCAAGGCUGACUAUCCAAUCUUGAUGCUCAAGGAUCCAAACUAUGUUGCUACCCUCCAAUACACCGAGGCCAUCCUCGACGUCGAGAAGGCCACCAUCAAGCCAUUGGUCAAGGGUGAGAAGCAGCCACCACUCUUCAAGGAAACCAGGUUCAUCAUCUACAAGACCAUCGUGGACGACACAAUCAUCUUGAACAUUGGUCACGUGUACAUUUAUACCAACUACAGAGAGAUGACAGCAUGCAGGAUAUACCCAUAUCAUUAUAUGAUCGCUGAUAACUACAACAACUGCUUCAUCAUCAAGUUUGAUAAGGACACUCCACAAGAGUGUUUGGACAAGAUGGAGGUGAUUAUGACCUACUACACUAGCUACUACCGCGUGCCCAUCAAAGAGGACCACAACGACAAGACUGCCAAGAAGAUGGAUAAGGCCACCACCAAGUUGGAGAAGGGAAGUUUGGCCGUGUCCAAGGGCCUGGUGACGGGUGGCACAUACUUUGCCAAGGGCGCAGCCAAGGUGGGCGAUGUCUACAAGAACAACACCAAGGCCUACGACGGACCCGAGAUGACCGAGGAGCAGCGUCGCAAGUUGGAGGACCCAGACAGCGACGUGAACAAGUCGGUCAAGAACACAGACAAGAUGGUGCAGGGCUCAUCCAGCGUCAAGAAUGGAAUCGUUGGCGCGUUUGGACUGGCUGGCAGCAAGAUGUCUGAGGGCGUGCGCAAGACCGAUUGGUACAAAGAGCGUGAGGAGAAGAAGAAACGUGAGGAGGAGCUCAAUGGCAAGAAUGAGAAGAAGGAGGCUGGUGCCAAGAUGGGAGGCGCUGGUGUCAGUGCCGUCACCAACGUCAUUGGUGGCCUUGAGGAGGGCAUCCUGAUAUCCUCAAGAGGUGUUCGCGAUGCAUCUGUCGACGCCACUCGCCACAAGCACGGCGACUACGCGGCUGAGGUGUCCAAGAAGAAGUGGGAUGCUGCUGGCAACUGCACAAUCUCCGUGGUGAACAUUCUCAGCAUCGUUGGAACGACCUGGAUCAAGGGAGCGCUGUACGCCGCUGCCGGUGCCAUCACCUACGACCCGGACAAGGCUCAGAACUUGACUGGCGCCUGGUGGAAGGCUGGCUGGGUCAUGCAAAAGUCGUCGCUGCUGUCUGGCAGUCGCUGGUCGCCUCGCUGGAUGGUGCUGCGCAACCCAACCAUCGCGCUCUACUCUAGCCCGCUGGACCCUUCGGAUAAGCCGGUCAAGUCAUUCUACAUUGACAAGGUGCGUGGAGUCAAGCACGUGGGAGAGGAGCAUGCCCAACGCAGCCACACCUUUGAGUUGGUGACCGUUGGCGAGUCUCUCUACUUCUCGACGUACGCACCCGAGGUCGACUGGUCCAAUGAGCCCAUUCUCAGUCCACACCCAGACACCGAGUUGCACCAGUGGAUGGAUCUAAUUGCCAACCUGUCAAAGUACGUUGAGCUCGAAUAA